AUGAGGUCGUCUCUUCUUUCCAGUUUGCUCCUUGCUCCUUGUCUUGCCGUAGCCCAGUCAUCAACAACAGCAUCUCGGGCAUCAAGCUCGACCACAGCUGCGGCACAGUUCACAGUUCCCUCAGAAGCGGACACUGGGGUCACGCUCCUCCCAAAUAUUGAAGAUCCAUCGGCGCCGAAUGCCCAACUGGAAUGCCCCGGGUAUACCGCCACAGGCGUGAGGACUUCUUCAACCGGCCUAACAGCUCAAUUGACCUUGAAUGGGACUGCGUGCAACGUCUACGGCACCGAUGUCCGCGACCUGGACUUGACAGUAGAGUAUCAAACCUCUUCCCGACUUCACGUCAACAUUCGACCUUCCCACAUCACGUCCCAAAACCAGAGCUGGUACCUGCUAUCGACAGACUACGUCCCAGCGGCGACUCAAGGCAGAGGUUCCAUGACCACAAGCGACCUGACAUUCUCUUGGACGAAUUCGCCCAGAACUGGAUUCGGGUUCAACGUGACUCGCAACAGCACCGGUGAUGUGCUUUUCUCGACUACAGGCACGAAACUGGUCUUUGAGAACCAGUUCAUCGAGCUGGUGACGCAUCUAGACGAGGGCUACAAUCUGUACGGCCUUGGGGAAGUCAUUCACGGCUUGAGACUCGGCGAUAACUUCACUAGGACGAUCUACGCUGCCGAUGUCGGGGACCCGAUCGAUAGGAAUCUUUAUGGUAGCCACCCAUUUUAUUUACAGACCAAGUAUUUCGAAGUGGGAGAUGACAAUAGCACAACAUUGGUGACGGAGCAGGUCAACACAACUGAUACUGGCAAAUAUACCUCGUCCACUCACGGCGUGUAUUUCCGGAACGCCCAUGGCAUGGAGGUCGUCCUGCACCCGACGAAUGUCACAUGGAGGACCUUGGGAGGCAGCAUUGACCUGUACUUCUUUUCCGGGCCGACACAACCAGAAGUGACACAGCAGUACCAAAGUGUCAUCGGCCUCCCAGCGUUGCAGAGCUACUGGGCUUUCGGUUUCCACCAAUGUAGAUGGGGCUAUGAGAACUGGACCGUCACAGAAGAUGUCGUCAACAACUACGAGCGGUUCGGCAUUCCUCUUGAGACCAUCUGGAACGACAUCGACUACAUGUUCCAGUAUCGGGAUUUCGACAACGACCCUGUUCGCUUCAAUUAUUCCGACGGAACCACAUUCUUGCAACGCCUACACGAUAGGGGCCAGCAUUAUGUGCCAAUCAUUGACGCCGCAAUCUAUGUCCCAGACCCGACGAAUGCAAGUGACGCAUACGCACCCUUCAAUGAUGGAAACGAUACGAACUCGUUCCUUCGGAAUCCGGACGGAUCGCUUUACAUUGGAGCGGUCUGGCCAGGUUACACCGUCUUUCCUGACUGGCUGCAGCCAUCUGCCCACGCAUGGUGGAAGAACCAACUUGUCACAUAUCAUCAGAAGCUCCCCAUUGACGGUGCGUGGAUUGAUAUGAACGAGGUCUCUUCAUUCUGCGUUGGAAGCUGUGGGACAGGGAACCUCACCCUGAACCCCGUUCAUCCACCGUUCAAACUCCCCGGCGAGCCUGGAAACGUCGUCUACGACUACCCAGAAGGCUUCAACCUCACCAAUGCAACUGCAGCCGCUUCUGCUUCCUCGGCAUCUCAGGCUCAAGCGACACCCACAACUACCCCCACGGGCACCGCUACGGCUGCAACCUCAUCAUCCUCGUCAUCUUCGACAAGCUACCUCCGAUCCACGCCAACCCCAGGUCUGAGCAACCGCAACAUCAAUUAUCCCCCAUACGUGAUCAAUCACGUUCAAGGAAACCAUGACUUGGCAGUCCACGCCGUCUCGCCGAAUGCCACCCACCACAAUGGCGUCGUCGAGUACGACGUGCACAACCUCUACGGCCACCAAAUCCUGCAAGCGACCUAUGCCGGCUUGCUGGCCGCCAUUCCUGACAAGAGACCAUUUAUCAUCGGACGUUCUACGUUCCCCGGCAGUGGGACCGUGGCUGGACAUUGGGGUGGCGACAACAACUCCAAGUUUCUGUACAUGUAUUUUUCAAUUCCCCAGGCCCUGUCGUUUUCCCUCUUUGGCAUCCCUAUGUUCGGUGUUGACACGUGCGGCUUUAACGGCAACUCGGACGAAGAACUCUGCAACAGAUGGAUGCAAUUGUCAGCCUUCUUCCCAUUCUAUCGGAAUCACAACGUCCUAAGUGCGAAUCCUCAAGAGGCAUACGUCUGGGCAAGUGUCAUUGAUGCGACCAAAACGGCCAUGAACGUUCGUUUCCAGCUCUUGCCCUAUCUCUAUACACUGUUCUAUUACGCGCACACUCGUGGAGACACCGUCAUGAGGGCUCUCGCUUGGGAAUUCCCCAACGACCCAUCCCUCGCGAAUGCGGAUCGACAAUUCUUCCUCGGGCCGUCCAUCCUGGUGACCCCCGUACUCACCCAAGGAGCCACAUCGGUCAACGGCGUCUUCCCAGGCCUCGUCGAAGGCACCGACACAUACUACGACUGGUACAACAAAUCACCCAUUGCUGUUCCGAACACCAAGAACACCACGAUUGCCGCACCAUUGGGACAUAUCCCGGUCUUCAUCCGAGGCGGGACUAUCCUUGCGACGCAGCAGAUGGCCAUGACAACUCGGGACGCAAGAAACACAUCCUGGUCGAUCAUCGUGGCGCCAGGUAUUGACGGCUCCGCCACUGGCUCAUUGUACCUCGACGACGGAGAAUCUCUUGCACCCAACGCCACUAAGCUGGUCAGUCUGACAAGCUCAUCCGCCAGCAACGGAACACUGAGCAUCAAGGUCGCCGUGUCUGGGAACUUCACAGGCCUAGAUCUGCCCUUGGCGAAUGUCACGUUCCUGGGCGUCCAGAGUGCUCCCUCGGGCAAUGGUGUUUCCAUCAACGGCCAGAACGUGGGCAAUGGUACGUACGAUGCGGCGGCCAAGACGUUCAGUAUUGCGAAUCUUGCAAACGCACUUGGUGGGACGGCAUGGGGUGGGAACUGGACCUUGUCCGUGUGA